AUGCCGCGGCCCACCGCGAAGGCGCCCGGCCACGGGCGCCGUUGCCGGCUGGUGGUGCGCGCUGAGCUGGGCACCAUGACCGAGAGCUUUGGGCUGCUGCUGAAGCCCGAGGUGGCGGCCAUAUUCAGCACAGGAGUAGCCGCGCUCAGUGCGGUGCUGGGGGCGUCCCUGGCUGAGGAGAAGAAGGCCAAGCUGGAGAAGGACUUUGAGCUGGAGCGCCGUGCGCGCAUUGAGAUGAACGAGAUGGCCUCCAUCGUGGCGCGGUACAGGGGCCCCCUCCUUGAGUCUGCUGUUGACCUCGAGCAGCGGCUCUGGCACGUGCUCACGCGCACCGGGGAGUGGACCCCCGGGGUUGACGCGCUGUGCUUUGAGGAGAUCAGCUACACCAUGUACACCGUAGCGCAGGGUGCGCACCAGGUCUGA